AUGUCGAAACUGGAUGGAGAGCUUAUCAUGUCCGUGAUGGAACACCAAGAAGCACUGAUUCGGAUCUAUGAAGAGCGGCCAGAUCAAAUCCCUAAACCUCAUGAGCAGCCAAAGAAGCUUACUAACCAGGAGCUGGCCAUCGCAACGUCGUUCGAAUUUCAGGUGUUGCCAGCGCUCUUUGGUGGCAAAAUCCCUGCAGUCCCUUUCCGUGUUGUAGCGGCAUAUCCGCUAGAGACUGCGUGCCACUACAAAGGCCUCGGGAUCCUCGCUACCCGUUCAGUCGUGGUGGUCAAACGCGGUGGGUGCUCGUUUGGGGCAAAACUAAGAGCUGUUCAGGACGUUGGCGGUGCCGGGAUGCUGCUUGUCAAUAGUGACGAAUCGCUUAUCCCGUUAAUGACCGAUUCAAAAGACCAAGAGGGACUCGUGAUUUGGGGUGCCAGCAUUGGCUUGCAGAAUGGCACCACAAUUCUCGAUGUCUUAGCCAAGAGCAAGAACCUGCCGACACUCGUGAAAGUAGCCCCUCGCGACGACGGCAACGAGACUAUUGCCACCCCAAAUUAA